GUCUACGAGUACGGCCGCCGGUAUCACGCCAACACCGACGGACGGGUGCUGUACCCCCUGCCCAACGACGAGUCCGAGCAGGAGCGCGACGACAUGAAGCACAAACUCUCGCUUUGGAUGAUGCAUGAGAAGCUGUUUUACGCACCGGUGGAGGACACCCUGAAGCGGGGCGGGGCCGUCUUUGACUUGGGCACCGGAACGGGGGAAUGGGCCAUGGAGAUGGCUCAGAGGUACACCGAGUCCCAGAUCUUCGGCUGUGACAUCUCGCCGAUCCAACCGGCCUACGUCUGGGAGAAUGUCUUCUUCUCAACGGCCGACUUUGAGGAGGAUUGGGUGGAUUAUGCCGAGAACUCAUUCGACUACAUACAUAUGCGCUAUACCGCCUUCUCCAUCAAGGACCCCGCGGCCUUGGUACAGCGGGCCUGGAAGUACUUAAAACCAGGUGGCUACCUCGAGUUCCAAGAGAUGACUUACUGGCCGCAGGCCGACGACGACACCCUCACGCCGUCGACGCCCUACGCCUUUCGAGACUUUUGCUACUAUAUGCAGCUCGGCCUCGAGAACCUAGGCCUGAACCUGCAUACUAUCACCCGCCUCCCCGACAUACUCCGCUCGGCAGGGUGUGACAACGCAGAUGGCCAGGGCAGGUUUGACGACGUCACCGAGGUCCGCCACAAGCUGCCCAUCGGUCGCUGGGCGCGCGACCGCCGUCAGCGCGAGAAGGGCAUCUGGUUCCUGCGUAUGAUCCUCCUCGAGGGGCUCAGCGCCAUCUGCAAGCGCCCCUUUUGCCAGGGUCUCGGCUGGAAGGAUGUCCAGGUGGAGAUGUUCCUUGUCGAUGUCCGCAGGAGCCUUCACGACGCCGGGAUCCACUCCUAUUUCCCUUUUACUGUGGUCUAUGGCAGGAAACCUCUUGAC